UUCAGUCCUGAGUCUGCAUGGACAUCAGUGUCAUAACUCUCUUGCCGUGACCGAGUCAGCUUGACAUUUACAAAGACGCUGAGAAGAUGAUGCUCCACUAUCUUCUCGGGACUUUGUGCCUGAUCUCUGCCGUUUUCAGCUUGAGGCCACCAUCUGAUGAUUAUUAUGGUGAAUAUGGCCCAUAUGGACCCUGCAGCCGCACAUGCGGUGGCGGAGUCGCUGUGAGAACAAGGAUCUGCAACACCAUGAGGACGGAUGGUGGACACAAUUGCGUGGGACCAUCAAAGUCCUACAAGCUCUGUAACACACAGGAAUGUCCUGCUGGAUCUAGAGAUUUCCGUGAGGAACAGUGCUCUCACUUUGACCAAAUGACCUUCCAGGGGAAACGUUACACCUGGCAGCCAUACUAUGGAGCAUCAAACCCGUGUGAGCUGGUCUGUGUGCCCAGAGGAGAGAACUUCUACUACCGCCACAGACCCGCUGUGGUGGACGGCACUCUAUGCCACGUGGGUCGCAGUGACGUUUGUGUGGAGGGCGUCUGCAGAGCGGUGAGCCAUGGAGAGAUUGUGGGCUUUGAGGAUCGCGAUAUUCCUGUCACUUCUAGACAUGGACCUGUUGCCGCUGUCCAUCUGGACACUUACAGAUACACAUACAGUGCCUACUCUGAGUGUUCCCGUCACUGUGGAGGAGGUGUUCAGAGCCGCACUGUUUACUGUAUUCAUGAGAGAACAUCGGCAAUGGUCGAUGAGUCCCACUGCAUUGCAAAGGGCCUCAGAAAACCAACUGCACAGGUGGCCUGCAACGAACACGCCUGUGCCGAAUACAGUGCCGGCCCAUUUGGUGAUUGUUCAGUGACGUGUGGUGAAGGGCUGCAGACCCGAGAGGUGAUUUGUGUCGGGGGCAGAGGAGAGAGACUCUCUGAGCACCACUGCAGUGGACUCACACGACCACAGGAAACCAAAGCCUGCAAGAAACCGGCCUGCCAUCAGGUCUUCAGAUACUACACCAACGACUUCAGCCUGUGCACCCGGAGCUGUGGAACUGGCACCCGCGAGCGCAGAGUGGUGUGCAUGGAUUUGGAUCAACAUCCAUAUUCAGAUGACAGAUGUGCUUCUCUUUCCAGACCUCAUGCUGUGGAGAACUGCAACACACAGCCCUGCCCUGGCCCACAGACGGUGCUCAGUGUGCAGAACCCCAAUGGUUAUGAGAGCUCCUUGCGUGGAUUUGUGCCUCACACUCACGACCCAGUAUCAGUUUACAGACCAAGCGAUCCUUAUCCCACAGUGACUGGUCCUCAUUGCGCUCAGUCUUAUUAUGGCUGCUGUCCUGAUGGCCACACUGCGGCCUCUGGGCCUCGUGGAGAAGGCUGUGCUCAUGAUGACUGCCAGAGAUCCAGAUACGGCUGCUGUCUGGAUGGAGUAACGGCUGCUCUGGGUUACAGAAGAGCAGGAUGUCCUGACUCCUCCUAUGGGGAUCACAGUCCCUCUGCUAGCGUGUGCUCUUUGUCACGAGAUGUCGGGCCCUGUUAUGAAUAUAAAUCCCGCUUCUACUUUGAUCAUUCCUCUGGCUCUUGCUCCCAGUUCUGGUUUGGUGGAUGCCAAGGAAAUGGCAAUAACUUUGUCUCCAAGGUGGCGUGUGAGCGGACGUGUAAGGCUUCUGUCAGAGGAAGAGAGCCAGCAUCCAGGAGAGUGAUCUACGAGGUCAGAGGUUAUAGAAUGAGAUCCCGCGCAUAAUAAAUGUCCAGAGACAUCCAACUCAUAAACAUGUAGAUAAAACAGCAGUUUAUUCAACGCAUUCAUUUGUGCUGAUUUAAAAGCAGUCUUGGGUUUAUACUGACAUCUACUGGCAUUGAUUUGUUUAAAAGGUAUGAAAGAGAAACACUUUGUCAAACAUGACUGCAUCAAAGCUAAAGAUAAUUUUCAUUUCUUUUUAUGUUUCGGUGUAAGUAUACAUUGUACUUUGGUUGUAUACUCUUGCUAAGCCAUUAAAGUGUUAACACAAACCAACUGCACCAAAGAA